CUCGAUAAAGAGAGAGCCACGACUCCACUUGUGGCUCGCACAAACUCAAGAAUCCAAAGAGCACGAAGCAGUAGCACCGCAGCACCGCCGUCCAUGGCCUCCGCCGACCACCUCCGCACCCUCGACCUCAAGGCGUUCGACGACACCAGGGCGGGCGUCAAGGGCCUCGCCGACGCGGGCGUCACCGCCGUCCCGUCCAUCUUCCACCACCCGCCGGAGUCCCUCCCGGACGCCGCGCCUCAGCCCCAUCGCUUCACCGUCCCGGUCAUCGACCUGUCCGCCGCGGUCACCACACAAGCCGCGGUGGUCGCGCAGGUGAGGGAGGCCGCGGAGACGGUGGGCUUCUUCCAGGUGGUGGGCCACGGCGUGCCGGAGGCGGCCACGUCGGCGAUGCUCGCGGCGGCGCGCGGCUUCUUCGAGGAGCCCGUGGAGGCCAAGGCGCCCUUCUACACCCGCGACCUCGGCCGGCGCGUCCGGUACCAGAGCAACCUCAACCUGUUCAAGUCGCGGGCGGCCAACUGGCGCGACACGCUCUUCAUGGAGCUGCCGGCGCCGGAGGAGAUCCCGGCGGCGUGCAGGAGCGUCGCGCCGGAGUACGCGCGGCUGGUACAGCAGGGGCUGGGCCGCACGCUGCUGGGGCUGCUGUCGGAGGCGCUGGGCCUCCGCCCCGGCCACCUCGAGGAGGAGCACGGGUGCCUGGAGGGCGUCAGCCUCGCCUGCCACUACUACCCGGCCUGCCCGGAGCCGCAGCUCACCCUCGGCACGCCGCGGCACUCCGACGCCGACUUCCUCACCGUGCUCCUCCAGGACGCCGUCGGCGGCCUCCAGAUUCUCGUCCACCUCGAGGACGAGGACGGCGGAGAACGGAAGCAGCCGGCGUGGGUGGACGUGCCGCCGGUGGCGGGGGCGCUGGUGGUGAACGUGGGGGACUUCCUGCAGAUCAUGUCCAACGGCAGGUUCAAGAGCGUGGAGCACCGCGUGGUGGCCAACGCCGUCGGGCCGCGGGUCUCGGUGGCGUGCUUCUUCCGGACGGACCGCACCGCCGCGUCGACGACGGUGAUAGAGCCGAUCGUCGUCACCGACGGCGACGGCGGCGCGCGGUACAGCAGCACGACCGCGGAGGAGGUGGUCCAGCGGCACUACAAGGUUUCCUCUGCACUCCAGCAGCAGCACUUCAGGCUCUGAAUCUCAUCAUCGGUCGAAGCCCCCAAAAUGUACUAUUUUUUUUUACGAGUGCCAAAUUGCCAAUCACCCAGUUGCUGAGUGCUUCUAAAAAAAUAGCAAAACAAAUCAGAACUUUGGGAUCAAUAUGCUUAACACAGCCUCGUUUCCAAGUGAUGGCUCAGAAAGAGGAGAGCAAAUGUAAUAAGCAUCAAUUGGAGUUCUAAAAAUCCAAAUGGCGACCCAUCACUUUCGGUCUAUAUAUGCUACUCCCACAGUGACACCGCCUUUCGGCAAAAGUUGAGCAGCCCGCAUUAGUUUACCCUGUAUGAUGAACAACUAGCUGUUACUUAAAUGUACAGGAGAUAUUCCCAAGUUGAUAACCUGUGCGGAGGGGAGCUUAUCGAAUAAAACCGAAAGCAACAA